CGCGAUUCACCCCCCUGUUUCUUUUGGAGUGGGCGAUUUGUUCUCCGAUACUAGUCUCUUCUCUUUGAGCUUUGGCAGUUUGCAAGCUUCCUUUAUUCUUUCCACAGCCAUAUAAAAUCAAAUAGUUAAUUCUUUCCUAGGUCUAUUCUGUCGACUAACAUUGAAUUUUUUCGUCUUCGCGUAUCUCCUUAUAUUGGAAGAUCAUUUACUACUUUAUGGAUUUGAAUCUCAGUCGAGAUGAUCUUAGCUAAAUCAACUCUACAAAAAUUGUAGAUUGAUCGCGCAGAUUGAUUAGGCGGAAAUAUAACACUAUGGUACAAAAGCCUAUUUUCUUUGAACAAGUUAAGUCAUGCAUCUUAAGCUUUCAUAAUACUAAUGACAAGAGUGUCACGGACGAAACACAUUUUUUACAAAGCUUAUGUGAGGCUAUAGAAUCUGUCCUACGCAUGGGACUAAAGUGUAGUCAUCGCCUAAUAAAGCGAAAGGAUUAUUGGAACUGGAUGAAAAGCAUUCCACGCAUUUGCGAAAAAUGGGAAAUAUUUGUCCACCCAAGUUACCUGCAGGCAAUCAAUCACGUUCACAAAUGCCGUAGUGUCACCACCGCUCAAGGACGUGGGCGUCUCCUUAUUCGUAUGUUAUUGAGUUCCGGAACUUUGGACUUCCCAUUUAAGUUACUGCUAAAUAACAUGCAUUUAUCAGCUGCAUUCUAUGAGGAGUCCGAGUCAGUUAUGGGGAACGAUAUUCUUAUUCAAAUAUUUUGUUCUCUUGUCAGUGAGGUUUGUCGGAUUCCUUUUAAUUUGAAUGUGGAUAAUACGGAAUUCCUUGAUGAAACAUGGUGUCUUCCAACAUUUAAGACGUUUACAUUCGUUCCAUGCAAAAUGCUUGGUGCUCGUGUCGAAACGGUAGAUGGCCAUUAUUUAGUUACAGAAGUAGAUCCUACUGGAGUUGUUGCAGAAGAUCAUCAGAUAACUGUUGGUGAUAUUCUAUCUACCAUGUAUGGUUGUAUAUUGCACAAUUCUGGACUCUUUUUAAAUAAUCUUCGAUCUCUUUAUGAUGGCCAACCCAUUCCAGUUGGUGUUACGAAAGCUCUAAUGCCUGACGGGCGUAUAUAUCCUCGUUUGAGAUCUCUUUUAGAACAAUAUGGUUAUGUCAAUUUGAUUACAGACCUCGAAAGAUCAGGACCAGUUCAUAUUAUUGACAAUUCGAAGUUCCUCAAUCAGGAACCUUGGUAUCAUUUUCGAUAUAUUGGACAAUCUGAAGUGGGUUCAAGUGGUGGAGUUAAUUUGAUAAAUCAAUCUAUUGUUUCUGUUCUAAGUAAUUUAAAAAAUUCAGAUGAGCAAUGUCCUGUGCACAUUGAAUUGGGUGAAUUGGGAGUGAUUGUAUGGCAGUUACAGCGGAAAGAUAAUAAAGUUUGUCGUAGUGAAGAACCUCUUCUACGUCAUUCCUAUCCACAAAUAUCUUCAUGCGGUCGAAGAACCGAUGGGACCAAUUAUUUUGCAUAUAUAGCCGGUGAGGAAUCAUGCACUACAGCUAGUCAUUUUACAUGUUAUGUAUUUGAAUCAACGGAUAAAGAAGAAGCUAGAAGAAUUAUAUCCGGUUUAUCAAUGGGCUUUGAUAGAACACAUUGGACUUUAUAAUUAUUAACGACAACAUAAUGUUAUUAUAUUUUCUCUACCUUUGGGUUUGUCAAUGUUGUAAUAUACCAAUUCCGUUGUAUGAUAGAAAGUUCAGUUAAAAUUCGUGUUCAUUCGUAUUACUUUAAUUUAUUAUAUAUCUUCAGUAAUUGCAAAUAAAGGUCUCUUGGGCCAAAUCAGAGUAAAUUUAUUUUUUAUAGGUCGAAUUUAUGAAUAAAAAACUGAUUUUUACACAUGAGACAGUUAAUAUAUGGUAGAGUUGAGUGCACUUUACUACUUGAAAUUCACUAGUGUCGAAACAUGGCAAAGAACGUUCUCGAUUAAAUCAUGAAUAUUCAAGAACCUACUUGGUACUUCUCAGGAAUUCUGAAGCUGUUAAUCAAAUCUAUUCGUCUACAUUUCCCCAUAGAGUAUUCUAAGAAUUACUAGCUUCCUAGACCAGGAUUGUUGUGCCUGGUUCUAUGCAAGUUUUAUGCUUCCAGGAAUUCAUACUUGAUUUGUUAUAUUUCUAAAAUAAGGAUGAUUUCCGAAGGAUUAAAUGUCUGUUCCUAUUUCGUUUUGAUGAGUCCUUGUGUGAUUUCCACAUUCAUAAUUAGUAUGGUUGAAUAUAUCGUUUAUAUUUGUUCAUUGUAUUGUAGGAAGUUGGACUAUCAUUCAUGUUAUUAUUUUGGCUUACCUGUGGGACUUGCAUCUUCCAUUUUCACCAGUUUCUAAUUUGGAAAAUUUACAGUUAAAGUAAUUCAUAUAGAGAGAUGAUUUAAAAUGGAUUUGCUUCACUAAUGACAAGGAGUUACGGAUUUUGUAAUUAGAAGUUUCUGCAUAUUUAAUUAUGUGACUGGAUGUAAAGGAUAGUUUAUUGCGCAUUUCGGAGAAAAAGAUUAAAUUAAGUUUGAGUCUCCUCUUCCAUAAAGGGUCGAGCUCAAGUUUAUUACAUCUAGAAUUAUAAUUCAAGGUACAAUCAUUCCCAAGAAUCUAAAGUGUAAAUUGUUGCUGUACUGAUUCCAACCUUAAUUUAUCAUUUAUGCACAAACUACUAAGAAUAAACGUGCAGUAUUCUAGGAGUAGUCGAAUACAUACUUUGUACAUCAAAAUACAUGACUCGUUGUUAUGAAGGUUUCGAGUUAUGCAACCUAUAAGACAUUAAAACUUGGAGGUCUGUUUCAAUACUUGUACUGUAAAUGACAAAUCGUAGGAGUACUCAAGUUUCCCCUGUUUUCUCCAUGUCUAGUUAAUACAAUAAACUUUUCGAGUAUAUGAAACUUACAAAAAGUUUUAUUUAUAAACUUUAUGUACACAAAAUUUUAGAAUUAGCAAAACAUAAACAACACUGUCUUCAUAGAAUAUCAUUUUUAAACAACAAGAUUUAUUGACUUCAAUAUAAAAAAGAGAUUUUAUUCAUUUUACUCAAUCGUCUGAAUGUCUCACAGCAUUUAUACAACAACAACAAGAACUGCUACUACUACCUGUUGAAAAACAAGAACAGUACAAUUUUUCAAUAUUAAUAUAAAAACAACAUACUUGUCUAAACUUAUUUUAUACUAUAACCGUUCGAUAAUUUUAGAUUUGUUUAUUUCUUUUAUUCAGUUGAUAGUGUAUUACUGAUUGUUAGAAAAUAAAUGUGCUCAUAAUGAUUUAAUCAUUAGUUAAGACAAUAAUUGAAUAACAAUAAUGUACAUAUCUGUCGAUAUUAGUCUGCCGUGGGUAAUUUUGAGUUCUUUUCUUGGGCAUAUUAAGUAACAUGAUAUCACUGAUAUACAGUUAAAUGCUUAUACUACUUAAUUGUAAAUAAAUGCUUUUAUAGCGUUGUAUGAGAAUCAACUUAGAAUGUAGUCAAAUAUUUAAACUGUAGUUAUUAAUUGAUAUCAGUUACAUGUUAAUUGUAUACCAGUUGUAUACAUUUGUCGGUGCUCUUUCUGAGUAAAUAAAUUGAAUAACAUUCCACAUCAUUAGUUACUAUGUGUAAAUUAACAUUGGUUAUCGUAAUAUGAUUUUAAAGCUUUGAGUGUUUAUGUUAACAAAUAUAGUCUUCCUAUAUCCAGUUAAUAUUAACAGUAUCAAUGCUUGAGUGGAUAUCUACCUUCACUUAUAGGUUAAAGUUCAUCGUGUAUUCAAACGAGUAUACGAUACAAUGUGAAUGGAUGUUUCCUAAUUCGAUGAACCAAUAACCAGUGAGAUUUAAAAAUGAUAUACAAGAAGGAAAAAAAUGUUUACAAAAUUUAAAAUAGGUUGAGUUUUAAAAAAAGUUAUUGAGGCAAAACGAAUACUAAUCCUUUCAAUAAUAAAUGAUGCAUAAAUGAAAACCUGAAAUUUGGCCACACGAUAUAAUUAUGUUUACAAGUUGAAGAAAUGGUAGAUUUCCAGGGAAACGUAAACAAUAUUUUCUUACAUUUAUUCUCAUUUUUUGUGACGUCACAACAACAAACUAGUUAGUUACUUUUAUCGAAAACGUUUGUAUAGUCAUGUAGUAGAAGUAAUUUGUGUCAAAAUACCCUUUGUAAUGACUCUAACCACAUUGUUAUUUGUAGGUCGAUUUUAAAAUAUAAUUAACAUAUUCGUCUGUUAGCUACGUAAUAGUCUACGUUGGGCGUAAAAGUAAAUUCAGGCCACUGGAAAAUGC